GGGCUGCGGGAUCCCGGUGGCCGCGGAGCGGGAGGAGGAUGGCGCUGGCCAUGGCGCUGCGUUCAGCCAGCGGGCAGCUCGGGGACGGCUGUGGCCACACACUGCUGACCCCCCAGAGCGGCACCCUCAGCUCCAGGAACUACCCGGGCACGUAUCCCAACCACACCAUGUGCCGCUGGCGGCUCCGGAGCCCCCCCGGCACCUUCCUGCUCCUCACCUUUGGGGAUGUGGACCUGGAGCCUUCGGAGCGCUGCGCCAGCAGCUCCCUGCUGCUCACUGACCCCCAGGCAGGCAUCUCCUAUGGGCCCUACUGCAGGAAUGCUGUCCCCAGCACCCCACUCCUGGUGACCAACACCAGCACUGUGACCGUCCUGUUCAACAGCACCAGCCACCGCUCGGGACGGGGCCUCCUCCUGUCCUACGCCACAACGCAGCACCCAGACCUGGUCUCCUGCCUGGUUCGAGGCACCCACUACACCCAGGAGCACAUCAGUGUGUACUGCCCUGCCGGCUGCAAGGACAUUGAUGGGGACAUCUGGGGCAACCCCAGCCAGGGCUACCGGGACACGUCGGUGCUGUGCAAGGCGGCCGUGCAUGCCGGGGUGAUCGCGGAUGAGCAGGGCGGGCAGGUGACCCUGGCACGGGAGAAGGGCAUCACGCUAUAUGAGUCAGCCUUUGCCAAUGGGCUCCACUCCAAAAGGGGAUCCCUCUCCGAGAAGCGGCUCCUGUUCCAUAAAGCCUGUGCCGAUGUGCUGGAGGUAGCUGCCUUCAACGCCUCGUCCUGCUGGCACGAGGUGGAUGCGCUGGGCCAGGACCGGGCCUGGGGGGCCCAGCGGGCAGCGCUCAGCACCCCCGGGCACUCCUGGGCAGCAGAACCCGGCUCUGAGGCCGCUUGGCUGGAGCUGGACCUGGGCGCCCGCAGGAACAUCACUGGCAUCAUCACCAAGGGCUCCUCGAAGCAGCACGACUACUACGUGAAGUCCUACCGCGUGUCCUCCAGCCGCGAUGGGAAGAACUGGAGACCCUAUAGGGGCAGCAAUGGGCAGGAGGAAAAGGUGUUUGAGGGCAACACCGACAGCCAUGGGGAGGUCUCCAACGCCUUCAUCCCCCCCAUCGUUGGGCGCUACGUCCGUGUCACACCCCAGAGCUGGCACCAGCACGUAGCCAUGAAGGUGGCCCUGUUGGGAUGUCAGUCGGCGCGGGGCCGAGCGCCCCGGCCCUAUGCACCCGGUGUCCCCAGGGACGUCCCUGUCCCCACCAGCCACGCACCCAUCCCUGGUGUCGCUCUGGACCCGGAGAAGGCAGGCUCCACGCUGCUGCUGCUGCUGCUCAUUGGCGGCUUUGUGCUGCUGUGCUCCAGCCUCCUGGUGCUGGCUUUCCUGUGCCGCAGGAAGAGAAAACCAGCGGCGGACCUGAGCUGUGGGAUCAUGAAAGGGCACCCCAAGCUGGACCCGAGCUCGGUGUGUUCCCUGCAGACCCUGCCGCCCCAUGGCUCCACGCUGGCCUCCUCACCAGAAUACGCGGAGCCGGACGUGGUGCAGCGGAGCCCCAGCAGCCAGGCCCCCCCCUCCACCUUCAGGCCCCCUCCGGAUGAAGGCUACGCUCUGCCGCUGGUCCUGAGCCACUACGACAGCCCCGGCAGGCACCACGAGUACGCGGAGCCGCUGCCGCCCGAGCCCGAGUACGCCACCCCCUUCACGGAGCCGGAGCCCCCCGCUGCCGGGGCCCCCCUGUCCCCUUUGCUACGAUACCAGAGCCCGGCCCCUCCCCGGCCCUGGGGGGGAACCGGUGCGGCGGCGAGGGGUGACAGCCCCGCGGUGGAGGGGUCGCUGUCACACGUGUACCACGAAGCCUUGUGAGGCGGGCGGGGCGGGGCCGGCGCUUAACAACACCCGUAUUUAU